UUCGUUUGAAAAAAUGAAUUGUCAGAUAUUGUUGCAAAUUGACUAUAAUUAUUAUUUUAUUUUAUCAUUAUUAUUAUUAUUUUUUUCAGUGGCUCGUUUAUCUCUGGUGGUGCAGAAUAUUGCCGUUGCUACGUCAGCAUUAUUGCUGUUACUCAUCCUGUCUGUUAACCUAUCAAAAGCAUUAUUUAUUAUUGUUGUUAGUCUGGUUGUUAUUGUAGCUUGUUUAUCAGUUCUUGCUGGUAUUGCUACAAAGAUUUCCAUUGAGAAAGACUGGAUUGUUGUCAUCUGUGGAUCAGAUAAAGCACUUUUGGCAGGAAACAAUGCAAUCCUUCGCCGUAUUGAUCUUGUGUGCAAGUUACUGGCCCCAGUUCUUGUUGGACAAAUUAUGACGUACGUCUCUAAAAAAGCAGGGGUCAUUUUGAUCGCUGCUUGGAAUCUGGUCUCUGUAUUCUUUGAAUACUACAUGCUGUUAAGGGUAUUCAAAGCCGUCCCAGCUCUAUCUAUCAAGAAGAUAGAUAAGGAAAGACAUGGAGAAACUGCCCAAUCUUCCUCUUCUGCUCAGGAACAGGCAUCCCGAGAACACCUAGACUGGAUGGAAAGAGAAAAUGGCAGUCAAGAAAAUGUUGACCAGGACACUGAUGCGUUAGUCCCUCAAACUGGUGUAAGAGUACCGAAAUCAAAGAAGAAACCAAGUGUAUUUCAACGAAUCGUGACUAAAGCCAAAACUAUGAAAGUUGGCUKUCAAAUAUAUAUGAGACAGACAGUUGUACUUCCUGGACUUUCCCUGGCCUGCCUGUAUUUUACCGUUCUAUCCUUUGGAUCAAUUACCACUGGAUAUAUCUACACACAGAAUAUCACCGAGUCAGUUUUAAGUAUCCUUCGAGGUGCUGGAUCAGUUUUUGGGAUUCUUGCCACUUUUGUUUUUCCACUAAUGAGAAAYUCCAUUGGAGUCGUCCGUUCUGGACUAUUUUCAAUGUCAGCACAAUUUGCUUGCAUGGUGGUUUGCCUGAUAGCCAUUUUUACUCCUGGUUCGCCAUUUUUAUUGCUUCCUGACAGUAUACGGUUUCAUGGGAGUACUGUGAUCACACACCAURUUCAUAAYAGUUCAGUUGGAAACUGCUCGGUUUUACCGACUCCGAGUAUUGCAGUAAACAAUUAUUUUUUCGAUCAUCAGUACGCAAACCAACUGAUGGAAAAUAAUGGUACAGUAGGCAACAGCARCACUUCUGUCUUUGGUWCUAAACCUAUUGAAACGUCGUAUUUCUCRAGGARUUCUUCUCCGGUUCCAUCAGUAUACUCCCCAGUCAGCUCCAUCCAAGUUUUCAGCACGUUGCAUCCUUCUUUAACAACACCACAGAUGCAAAAAAGUUCUAUACUGUCAUCGCCUACCUCUUCAUUAAUAYCUUCUUCAUCGUGGUCACCRAGGUCCUCAGUGAUACCUUCACCRUCGUUAACUACCGCUAUCCUUCCUUCGCCGUCUGUUCAACCGCGAACUAAAAACUGCACAGUUGACGAAGUUACCAAGAAAAAGGUCACCUAYAACUUUUCUUAUGUGUCAGUAAGCCUUAUGAUCGCCGGUAUUAUUCUAUCGCGUUUUGGUCUUUGGUUGUCUGAUCUGUGUAUUACACAGCUUCAACAAGAGAACGUACCUGAAGAAGAGCGUGGAAUCGUUGGUGCGAUGCAGAAAGCAUUUAACUCGAUACUUGAUAUGUCUAUGUACGUAUUCGUUAUUGCUUUACCAAAACCUGAGGAGUUUGGUUUCAUGGCUCUCAUGUCAGUAGGAGCAGUUGGGUUUGGUGGAUUGAUGUAUGCGCGAUUUGCGUAUAAAUCUCGUGGUCAUCUUUUCCAUUUUGACAAGAUAAAAAGGGUGUUAGUGAGAGCUGGUAGUGAUCGGGCUCAGCCUUCGACCUCGGCUCAUCGUACACCGUCUCGUGAAAUUCUUAAUCCUGAAGACGAAGAAGAAGACGAAAUGCUAAACGAAGUKCUUAGUACGAGAAACGACAACUUUAGAAAUUAAAAACUCAUUUUUUUAUGACUAUUUGGAUAAUAGUUUAUUUAAACUUACCCUGAGGAAAAUACUUCAGUUGGCAUGAUAAAAGGGAUAACAUCAGAAUUGCACGCAAAGAUGCAAAGAUACGUCUGUCUUACUGUUGCUAAAAGCUGCAUUACGGUUUCCAAGAUGGCGAAAAGACAGGUCGGUAUGGUGAACGGGAUAUAUUGCGUAAAAACCAUUAGCGUAAAUAGAUAACAAGUUUUAUAGAGUAGCAAAUUAGAACGGAUCAAUUCAAAUGAAAAAGAUUACUAAUACUCCACACGUCGCAUGCAAUAGAAUAAGUAGGACUUCUUGGUAUUCUGCACGAAAAAAUUGUAAUAAAUGACAAAAAAACUUUUUCAUCGCUUUUAUAAUUAUUGUAAUUUCUCAUAUUCCAAUCUUUAAAUGGCAUACAUUUCAAAUUUAUUUCAUAAGGCUGUUUACAAAGAAGAUCAUUGAAAAAUUGUAGUUAUUAAUGAAUGAAUUAUAUGUUAACAAAAAUCAUUAGAAAUACAGAGUAAGUGAAUGAUUUGUGUUAUAUGUGUUAUUUGUGAUUUUAGGUCAUAAAAAAUUCAGGACCUGUAUGAGAGUUAGGAACAGAACUACUUCAUUACCACAAUUCAUUCACAUUCCGAGUGUCAAACAACAGGAAUUACUUCAUUACAAAUAUAGAACUGUAAAUAAAAUAAUGUAUAGUUAUUAUUUUGUAAAUUGUAACAUUAUUUGAUCGCAUUMGGAUGGUGGUCAGCCCCAGACAAUUGUUGGCCACAAAACACUCGGGGAUACCACCAGUAAAUAUAUGCUUGAAAUUGGACAGUAAUUUUAGAACAUUGCUAUUAAUAUUAUCACAUAAAAGUCAACUAAAGUUUCACAAACGCAAUAACAUCACUUGAUAAAAAUUAGCAUCAAUAAAUCUAUGAACAAUAAAACAGCGAAGAUGAAAUAAAAAUAUGUUUAGUGCAUGUUUAGCUGGCAUAGAAYACGUCCUGCUGCUCAGUGGAUGACGGCGCAUUAACAUGCGGCAGAGAUUUGCUAUAACCCUCUUUACCGGUCAGCCAGUAGGUCUUCCAGAAACCACGCCCCUUGAGUGAAAAAAAUCAACCAUUUACUAAAGUUUACAGUUUACUAAUAAUACGAUAAAACAUUUUAAGCUUCAAUAUAAUAUUUGGUGAUGUUAUAAUACCUUGAUGUAAACGUCUCCUCUUUUCUCGAAGAUAUAUCCACCGAUCUCUUUCAAUAUGUUGUAACAAUUCUCGCUGAUGUGAAUCUUGAGAGCUGUGGAAGGUAUUAGGUUAUAGUGAUCAAUAUUUCAUCGUGUUAGUCGAUACUUCAUCGGUCGUUUAAUCGUGUCAAUGAGUCAAAUAGUAGCUUUUAUUCGCGUCAACUUAGCUACACAAAGUAUUACCUUGUCCAGUAGUUUCCAUACGAGAAGCAACGUUCACAGUGUCACCAAAAAGACAGAAACGCGGCAUCUGAAUCCCUACUACUGCUGACACACAUGGGCCUGCAGGAAAGUGAUAUAAGACGAUGCUAUCUCAUGUGGGCAAUCAUGCAUUGUAAUCAUUAUAAUCAAUGGUAUC